UUCCAUACUGAUAAACUAAGAAAAAGAGAAGCUAUUAAGCUACCUCACAUCUCACUCACAACAACUAUAAUUCCUUCCUUCUCAUCACCAAACUAAAACUAAGUGAUCAAGCAAAGGAAAGCACGUUCUGAGAUACAAUCAAAAGAUGAAGUUACUUUGUUGGAUGCAUCGUAAGUUUCGCCAAAAUACCAAUGAAGCUCUUAAAGCUCUUGUCAUUGGACAGUCAUCGCUGGAUGAUCAACAACAAUACUACACAAAAUCAAACUAUGGUGCUAGACCGUUCAAACAAUCCCAGAGAGACAACAAUCUUCGGAAGUCCUUCACCGGUCUAGAAGAAGAAGAUUACUAUGAAGAAGAAUCAUCAGCUGCAAUCUCUGAGCUCUUCCAUGGCUUUCUUGCUAUUGGUACACUUGGAUCAGACCAAAUGAUGACUGAUCCUGCAACACCAACAUUUGCCAUAUCAGUGGACAAUAUAACUGAGAAAGAAACUGAGGUUACUGAGAAUGAGUUGAAGCUCAUCAAUGAUGAGUUGGAGAAAGUUUUGGGAGCUGAAGCACCAGAUGACGGUUUUAAUGACUCAUCUGGGAGAAACAGCCAUGUUAGUAAUGGAAGAAGCAGCCAUGGAAGCAUCAUUACACUCAGUGGAAAGCCUGAAGAUGGAAAUGGGACUACAGUCUGCCCACUCCAGGGUUAUCUUUUUGGCUCUGCAAUUGAAUUGUCUGAAACAACAACAACAGCAGCUGCGAAGAAGGAACACAGAACAUCUCUUGGUGAACUAUUCCAAAAGAGUAAGAUUACAGAGGAGAAUAAUGGUGGGGGAAAAAGUGAGCGGGAGGAAAAGCGAUCAGAGAAAGAAGCAGAUAAAUCUGCCAUGAACCUGAUGAAAAAGAAGCUCAAGAAAAAAAUGCUCCAUGCCUCUUCUCGAAACUCUGGGGCAGGUCCUGGUAGUAGUGGUGGACCUGUGGACUCUUCUGCUCCAACAGAAACAAAACUGCACAAGAUUCUUCAUAUGUUCCACAGGAAAGUUCACCCUGAAACCUCAGCAGCUACUCAUAAGACUUGUAAGGUUCCAAAGAAUGAAAACAGAAAGAAAACUACCCAUGUUGGCACUGGCAACUGUGGAGGUCAGAUUCUCCCAGACGAAGAUAUCACCUUAUGUCCACAGAGAGCUCUCUUUCUAAAGCAGAAAAUACGGCGCUACAGGAGCCAGUCCAACCCACCCCAAUUCACAUACGGCAGCAUGGAUUCGAUGGGAAACAGGGAGCAGUGGAUCAAAACAGAUGCAGACUAUCUUGUCCUGGAGCUCUGAAAUGGUGCAGGGCAACUAAAGUUGACCACUAUAUUGUGAGAGCUUGAUUGAUAAAAAAAAGAAAUAUCAUGCAUGUAAAAAAUUUGUUUAGAACAUUUCUGUUCCUAGUACGAGUAUGUGUGAGAAUGAGUGAAAGAGAUUAAUAAAAAGAGGUACUACUCCUCUUAUUAAAGAUACUUCUAAGAGUGGCCAUGUAAUAGUGCAGGGUAUAUAUAUGUCCCUUCUUUUAGUCGUAGAUGCACUAUUAUCCAAGCAUAAUUUGGAUAUGAACUUUCAAAGUCAUCUAUGAAGGACAUUUAUGGAUCAAUUGAUAUUUAAAGGCUUUCCCCAUUCUUAAGUCAUCUAUGUAAUAAUUUUGAUUUCACCUUUUC